AUGUCAAUACAUGUCAGGCGUUGCCGCUCCAGCAUCCCUCGGGGGAUCUGCUCGGUCCUUUGGGCCAGCAGGUUAAGCCAGCGUCAAAGUCUACACACUGGCAACGCCUACAUCACGCAAAACCCAGACGAGUCUCUGGAAGCCGCCAAGCGCGACACGCAUUUCGCCGUCAAGGACAAUAUUGCUGCUCGAGGAUUACCGACAACAUGCGCUUCCAACAUCCUCGCGGGACAGGAGAUCCCCUUCUCCGCAACCAUAGUCCAGCAAUUGCAGCGCCGGAAUCUGACCGUCAUCGGAAAGACCAAUAUGGACGAGUUUGGCAUGGGUACGCAUUCGACAGCCUCGGCCGUUGGCCGUGUGUCGAACAUCUCGCCGAUUGAAGAAAGGUCAGCCGGAGGAAGCUCUGGAGGAAGCGCCGUCGCAGUCAGUGCAGGCACCACCGAUCUUGCGCUGGGUACGGACACGGGUGGAUCGGUCCGCAUGCCGGCCGCUUACACAGAGACGGUUGGAUUCAAGCCCUCGUAUGGCAUGAUUUCCAGAUGGGGCGUCGUUCCUUAUGCCAACUCUCUCGAUACGGUCGGCUUCAUUGCCCAGACUGUUGGUGAGAUUGAGUCUGUCAUUGCGUCUGUUCGUGCAGAACAUGACCUACGGGAUCCGACGUCUUUGACACAGGCUACUCGAGAAAGAUGCAUGGCCCAAGAAAGACAGGUGCCGCCCAGUGUCGAGCAGCGCAAGGGCGAGUGGCUAAGAGGCUUGACUUUUGGUAUUCCCAUCGAGUACAAUAUCGAGGAACUCGACCCGAGGAUCAAGGCCGGAUGGAUGCAAUGCGCGCAAAAGAUCCGAGAUCUAGGCGGAAGAGUUGUACCCGUCUCAUUGCCCUCGACCAAGAAUGCUCUUUCUGCUUAUUAUGUAAUUGCACCGGCAGAGGCAGCCUCCAAUCUGUCAAAAUAUGACGGGAUUCGUUACGGAAAACGAGCAGAAGGCGCAACUACGGAUGCUCUGGACGGUGUCUUGUACGCGAAAACAAGAGGGAAUGGCUUUGGUCCAGAGGUAAAACGUCGAGUCCUCCUUGGCUCGUAUACCUUGAGCUCGAAAGCAAUCGACAAUUACUUUAUCCAGGCUCAGAAAGUGCGACAACUGGUGCGAAAGGACUUUGACCGGGUCUUCAAGCUAUCUAACCCACUGUGCGAUGAGGCACCGUUCGACCUAAGCGAAAUGGAUGAGUCAAUAAGCCUGGAGAAUAAGCUUGGCCCUACGCAGGUUGAUUUCAUUAUUUCACCGACGGCUCCCACUCCUCCUCCCAGAUUAGAGGACGUAGCCAAGCAGACCCCACUGGACUCGUACAUGAACGAUGUCUUCACGGUUCCAGCCAGUCUCGCAGGUCUUCCUGCGAUUAGUAUACCAAUGGAUAUACCCGUCGACACUACGAGUGAGGAGGAAAAGCUCCUCAAUUUUGGAGGUCUGCAAAUCAUCGGGCAAUUCUGGGACGAUAUGACAUUGCUUGCUGUUGCUCAAGGACUGUCCCCAGAAAUAUCUUCACGAGUAGCAAACGUGACAAAAGAGUUGUAA